AGAGUUUGUCUUUCAAGAGCUAAUUGAUGUCGUGUUGCUGUGAAUUAGCAUGCCGCUCGUGAUUAGGGUUAUCUUGAUUUUAGGUCAUGUUGAAAAUAUAAUGUUUAUCAGCAGGCUUUGGAUGUUCUUUUUCUUUUUUUGUUUGGACUUAAUAGAGGCUAGGAGGACGGGUGGAGUUGCUUGAUUUCUAUUCUGUUGUUCAAAUUCGUCGAGAAGUCUCCCCCCUUUAAUUACAUUAACUUUACUUGUAGAUUUUGUGUGCUUGCAGCAAAAGCUUGUUUAUUUGGUUUUCUUUUCUUCCAGCGGUAGCAACAGCCAGUGCUUUCUGGGAAUCUCCGUAGCGUUCACCGCUUUCGUAGUUCUGCCCCUUGCUGGUUGCUUCCACCUGAUUUCAGAACAAGGUUUCUUGUGUUUCUCUAUCCUUGUGCCAAACAGCUGCGGCGGAGAUUCCGUUUCAUAGGAGGGAGGGAGGGCUGGUGGUGCUAUGUUGUCCGGUUCCUUUGGGAACCAGAAUGGUGGUUGGAGCUGUCUGCGCUGAUACGCCCACAAAUUCUUUUUCAAUUUCUCACUGGUGAUCUCAAACUAGAGGGUUCUCUUUUGUUUCUCCUUUUUUCCUUGUCGCCAUUUUCUUCCUUCUCUGGUGGCUUCAAUCGAUAUCUAGAAAAACCAUGAACGCGGUGGAGAAGUCUCAGGUGUGGCAACCUUGCAAGAAGAAGAGAGCAUAACUGCUUAUCUCAGAAGGAUAACGUUAUAACUUCAGAGCUUGACGUCUGGGUUUGGGAAGGGAGGGUAAGGGGAAGAUGAACUCCAAUGGCAGGACAAGGGUUGGAAAGUAUGAGGUUGGAAGGACGAUCGGGGAAGGGAAUUUUGCGAAGGUGAAGUUCGCAAGGAAUGUUGAAACAGGGGAGAGCGUUGCAAUCAAGAUACUCGAUAAGGACAAAGUGCUCAAGCACAAGAUGAUCGGCCAGAUCAAGCGAGAAAUUUCAACCAUGAAAUUGAUUAAACAUCCCAAUGUCAUACAGAUGCAUGAGGUGAUGGCUAGCAAGACUAAGAUUUAUAUCAUUUUGGAAUUUGUUACUGGUGGGGAGCUAUUUGAUAAAAUUUUAAAUCAUGGGAGAUUGAAAGAGGAUGAGGCACGGAAGUACUUCCAACAACUCAUCAACGCUGUGGAUUAUUGUCACAGUAGAGGAGUAUAUCAUCGGGAUUUGAAGCCAGAGAACUUGUUACUAGAUUCAGAUGGUGUUCUUAAAGUUUCAGAUUUUGGAUUAAGUGCUCUAUCUCCGCAAGUUCAAGAAAAUGGGUUACUUUAUACCACAUGUGGAACACCUAAUUAUGUUGCGCCAGAGGUAAUAAAUGACAAGGGAUAUGAUGGAUCGAAGGCUGAUCUGUGGUCUUGUGGGGUGAUCCUUUAUGUUCUUAUGGCAGGUUACUUACCAUUUGAUGACUCUAAUCUUAUGGAGCUAUACAAAAAGAUUUCCAAAGCAAAUUUUACUUGUCCUCCGUGGUUUUCCACGAGUGCAAAGAAGCUGAUCAAAAAAAUCCUGGACCCCAAUGUCAAGACUCGUAUAACGAUUGCAGAGGUCAUGGAGACUGAGUGGUUCAAGAAAGGAUACGAGCCACCAAGCUUUGAGAAAACUAAUAUCAGUCUUGAUGAUGUAGACACUGUCUUUGAUGAAUCAAUGGUAAUUUUUUUUUGCCUGAUUACAAAAUAUAGAAAAAUGAGUUUCAAUUUAUCAGAAGAUUGCUGUUUUCAAUGGCAGAACCCUGGAAAUCUUGUCAUUGAGAGGAAGGAAGGAAGACCAAUGUUGAUGAAUGCAUUUCAACUUAUUUCAACUUCUCAAGGAUUAAAUCUCAGCAGUUUAUUUGAGAAACAUAUGGGUGUUGUCAGGAGGCAGACAAGAUUUACAUCAAAAUGUCCUGCCGAAGAGAUCAUUUCAAAAAUUGAAGAAGCUGCCACACCAAUGGGAUUUGAUGUAAUGAAGCACAAUUAUAAGAUGAAAUUGCAAGGUUCCAAAACUGGAAGGAAAGGUCAUCUGUUGGUUGCGACAGAGGUUUUUGAGGUUGCUCCUUCUCUAUACAUGGUGGAGCUUCGCAAGUCCAAGGGCGACACCUUGGAAUUCAACAAGUUCUACAAGAAUUUAUCAACGAGCCUGAAAGAUAUUGUGUGGAGAACGGAUGCUAGCAAUGAAGGGGCUGAGAACGAAUGUCCACAGGCGAAGCUGUACGAGUAAUACGAGAUAAAUUUGUAUUUUCGUGGCAACGUUUCUUCGCCAAACAUUAUAACUCAACUUGAAUUUUAUAUUUGAAUCUAUAUCUAUGCCAAAUUUCAACUAAUAAAUAAAAAAUUGAGUGAUGUUCUUA